AAUUAAGGGCAAAACGACGCCGUGUAGACUCUCGAAGAACCCUAAAGAGACUUCUUAAACCUCAUUCGAUUAUAAAAUAGCCCCAAACCCACUGCCUCUUUCACUGCAAUUUCUCUCUUUCGCUUCUAAAAAAAAACCUAACAACCUCUCUUCUCUCUUCCUCGUUCAACAACAAUGGAGUUCUGGGGAGUUGCGGUGACACCAAAAAACGCUACUAAGGUGACUCCUGAAGAAGACAGCCUUGUCCACAUUUCUCAGGCUUCACUUGACUGCACAGUGAAAUCUGGAGAAUCUGUGGUUUUGAGUGUGACUGUUGGUGGGGCUAAACUUGUUAUUGGAACACUUUCACAAGACAAGUUCCCUCAGAUUAGCUUUGAUUUGGUUUUUGAUAAAGAGUUUGAGCUUUCACACAGCGGUACCAAAGCAAAUGUUCAUUUCAUUGGCUACAAAUCCCCCAACAUCGAGCAGGAUGACUUCACUAGUUCGGAUGAUGAGGAUGUUCCUGAAGCUGUUCCUGCUCCUGCCCCUACUGCUGUUACUGCCAACGGAAAUGCUGGAGCAGCUGUUGUCAAGGCUGACACAAAGCCAAAGGCCAAACCUGCCGAAGUGAAGCCUGCAGAAGAGAAGCCUGAAUCAGACGAGGAAGAUGAGUCUGAUGAUGAAGAUGAGUCUGAAGAGGAUGAUGACUCUGAGAAAGGAAUGGAUGUUGAUGAAGAUGACUCAGAUGAUGACGAGGAGGAGGAUUCUGAGGAUGAAGAAGAGGAGGAGACUCCUAAGAAGCCUGAGCCAAUCAACAAGAAGAGGCCAAAUGAAUCUGUAUCCAAAACACCCGUCUCUGGAAAGAAGGCAAAACCAGCAGCAGCACCAGCUUCUACUCCUCAGAAGACAGAAGAGAAGAAGAAAGGAGGACACACCGCCACACCACACCCAGCUAAGAAGGGUGGAAAGUCUCCUGUGAAUGCUAACCAGAGCCCCAAGUCUGGAGGUCAAUCAUCCGGUGGUAACAACAACAAGAAGCCAUUCAACUCAGGCAAACAAUUUGGUGGUUCCAACAACAAGGGUUCUAACAAGGGCAAGGGAAAGGGUAGAGCUUAAGGACGUGGAUCAAGGAGAGGUUUUGGGUUUUCGAGUAGAUGAUGAAAACACUUGGAAGUGUGGUUUUGGAUUUUUAUCUUAUUUUAUUAGUAUAACUUGUUAUCGGAUGAGCUAUUUUGAGUAUUUGCAAUUUCUACUUUCCUAUGUAAUUCAGUAUAUGAAUAUUUGCUGAAAUGAGAAAGAAGACUCGAAUUGCAAACACAAAUUGAGUUUAUUACUUAUAGAGUAUAAACACCAAAAUUGAUGCAUAAUAGCCAAAUCAAAUUACCAAGCCUAUCUUUGAAAUCUAACAACGUUGAUUUCACAAGCACUAGAACAUCUCUGGAAUGUCAUGAGUUCCCUAACGACGAGAGACUCUUGUUCCUCGCUAUGACAAUCUCUGCAUAGCUUAAACUUCUUGAGGACUAGCGAAUUCUCAAGGAAAUAUUUUGAUAGUUUCAUC